AUGUCGCUAAAAUACCCUACUGAAGCUGUUGUCGAUCCGGCGACACAGAUAGUUCAAAAAGAACCCAAGCGCAAAUGGGUCAGCUACAUUUGGGACACAUUUGACAAGUCACCACAGGAGCGUCGCCUGCUUUUCAAAUUGGAUUCGGCCAUUUUGACCUUUGCAUCGUUGGGAUACUUCAUCAAGUAUCUGGAUCAAAUCAAUAUCAACAAUGCAUUUGUCUCUGGGAUGAAGGAAGAUUUGGGCAUGUACGGCAAUGAACUCAACUACAUGCAGACAUGCUGGACUAUCGGCUACGUCAUUGGAGAAAUCCCUAGCAAUAUACUCCUAACUCGCAUCAAACCACGAUAUUGGAUUCCGGCUAUGGAGCUUCUUUGGACGGUUCUUACAAUGUCGUUGUCACGGUGCAACACUCCUACUCAUUUCUAUGUUCUUAGAUUUUUCGUUGGUAUCGCCGAGAGUACCUUCUAUCCCGGAAUGCAGUAUAUCAUCGGCUCCUGGUACCGGAAAGAUGAGUUGGCAAAACGGUCAUGCAUAUUUCACACGAGCAGCGGAAUUGCCAGUAUGUUUUCUGGUUAUCUGAUGGACGCGGUUUUCCACCUCGGAGGACGAGGAGGCUUCAAGGGCUGGCAAUGGCUUUUUAUUAUCGACGGGGUCAUUUCCCUGCCCGUGGCUAUUAGUGGAUUCUUUAUCCUUCCCGAUGAGGUCACUCUCGCUCAAACGCGAAUGAAAUUAGAAGGAAGACAGAACAGACAGCCAUACACAAAGUCAAAGCUGAAGAAAAUCUUUACGUCGUGGCACAUUUAUCUUCUGACAUUGCUCUACAUAUGUUUCAACAAUGGUGCCGCUGGAAGCCAGCCUAUCUUCCAACAGUUCCUCAAAGACUCAAAAGAUCCUGUAUAUUCAGUCAGCCAGAUCAACUCGCUACCAACCACCACCCCAGCCAUUCAAGUCGUGACAACCCUCGCUUACGCGUGGAUAUCGGAUACUGUCCUAAACGGCAAACGUUGGCCCCCGAUCAUCUUCGGUGCUUGCGUCAACAUCAUAAGCUACGUCUCGCUCGCAGUGUGGAACAUUCCGUUGGGAUGGAAAUGGACAUGCUACAUUAUCAGCGGAGCUGGAUAUGGACUCAGUGGUCUGUUAAUGGCCUGGGCCCAUGAGAUAUGCUCUGACGAUAAUGAAGAGCGAUCCUUGGUUAUCGGAAGCAUGAACGAAAUGGCGUAUGUUUUCCAAGCAUGGCUGCCUCUUGUCGUUUGGCAGCAGGUCGAUGCGCCGGAAUACCGCAAGGGCUUUAUCACGGUCACCGUUCUGUCUGUAAUCUUGAUCAUCAGUACUUUUGUUGUGCGCUUCCUUCACAAAAGAGAAAAAUUGAGAAAAGGGAACCAGACUCACGAGGCAGAGGAGACGGAAGAUAACUUGUCAGAUUCUGCAGAAACAACCGAUAUUGAGACGAAGGCUAUCAAGUCUUAG